AUGAGUUCCGAAAGAGAUGGUCCAGGGGAUGUUGAGGGAAACAAGACUGAACAAGCGUUUCUCUUGAACGAUAUUGUACCAAAUUUCUCAUGGCAGAAAUUGGUUUUCACUGUAAAAGACCGUCAGACGAAAGAGUCAAAGGAUCUUAUUUGCGAUGUGAACGGUAGUGUCGAGAAGGGAGAGCUUAUGGCGAUUAUGGGCCCAUCUGGCUGUGGCAAGACCACCUUGCUAAACCUCCUCGCUCGCCGCAACCCUACCGCAAAGGCCAAAGUUUCGGGGCAAGUACUGGUUGGUGGUUCGGAUAUUGAUACGACUUUGUUUCAACAUAUCAGUUCCUAUGUUGAGCAGGAAGACACCUUGAUUGGGUCUCUGACCGUGGAGGAAACACUCAAAUUCAGUGCAGAGCUCUCGCUUGCUAGUUCUACUUCAAAAUCCGAACGCAAUGACAGGGUCCAACUACUGCUGAAUGCUUUUGGUAUUCAGGAACAAGCAAAAACUCUCAUCGGUACACCGAUCAGAAAGGGCAUCAGUGGAGGACAGAAGCGUCGACUUAGUGUGGCAAGUCAAUUGAUCACUUCGCCUAAGAUCCUGUUUAUGGAUGAACCCACAAGUGGCUUGGAUUCCACUGCCAGUUAUGAAGUUAUUUCGUAUCUCAAAAAGCUUGCCCGAAGGAACAACCUCAUCGUUAUAGCCAGCAUCCAUCAACCGUCAACUUCCACCUUCGAACUAUUCGACAAGUUGCUGCUGUUGUCCAAAGGAAGAACAUGUUACUAUGGUCCGACUGCCACAGUUGGGGACCACUUUGCCAGCAUCGGCUAUUCCUUGCCAAUGAACGUCAAUCCCGCGGAAUUCAUUCUUGAUAUUGUCAGCACAGACUUUUCGCGCGAUGAUGAAUCCGGCGCAUAUGGCGAAAAAAGUAAUUCUAGCCAACCUACUAGGACAGCGAUACAACGGCUUGAAUAUAUUCAAAAAAGCUGGCAGGAAUCUGAUCAAGCACGCACCAUGGACAUGCAAGCAGUGCAGUCAUCUGAUGCAAAGAAUGCUGAUUUGCAGAUGAAGUUGCUCGCUGAAAAUGCUGCAAGUUCACGGCCAGCUUUCUACAGAAUUGUGUUUGCAUUGCUUCACCGGUCUUUCAUCAAGAGUAAUCGGGAUGUUAUUGCAUAUGGUGUUCGAAUUGCUAUGUAUCUCGGGCUAGCUAUCAUGAUGGGAACCGUAUGGCUACGGCUGCACGAAUCCCAGGAGUAUAUCCAGCCAUUUAUCAACGCUAUCUUCUUCGGCUCGGCUUUCAUGUCCUUUAUGGCAGUGGCAUAUGUACCAGCCUACCUCGAAGACCGCUCAAUGUUUGUCAAAGAACGAGCAAAUGGUCUAUACGGAGCAACUCCCUUCAUAAUCGCCAAUUUUCUGAUCGGUCUGCCUUACCUAUUCUUGAUUUCACUCCUUUUCUCGAUCGUCGCGUACUGGCUCUCGAACUUUCAACCCAGCGCCAUAGCGUUCUUUACUUGGGUUAUGUGGCUAUUCCUCGAUCUCGUCGCUGCAGAGUCACUCGUAGUACUCAUGUCAUCCAUUUUCCCAAUCUUUGUCAUAUCAUUAGCUCUGGUCGCGUUCGCGAACGGUUUAUGGAUGAGUGUCGGCGGAUUUUUGGUUGCACCAACCAUCUUGAAUCCAUUCUGGAAAUAUGUUUUCCACUACAUCGACUAUCAGGCAUACGUUUUCCAAGGCAUGAUGGUAAACGAAUUCUCCCGCCGCAACUACUCCUGUGGCUCGUCCUGCCAAUGCAUGUACCAAACCGACCUUGCAUCACAGUGCCAGAUUCGUGGCUCCGGCGUCUUACAGCAGUACGGAUACGCCGAGGGUCGCACAGGAAAAUGGGUUGGUACUUUGAUUGGGAUAAUUGCUGUUUACCGGUUAUUUGGUUGGGUCGCUCUGGCUUUGAAGCGUACGUAG